AUGAGGUUCCAAGAUAUUGUUGUGGCGGGGUACUUCCAAGUUCCCUGUAUGGCCGAAACCACCAAACUCCACCGUGAUUUUGUCGAUGUUUUGCUCUCUCUUACUGGGACUGAUAAAUUAUCCAACUCCGAUAUGAUCGCCGUACUCUGGGAAAUGAUAUUUAGAGGCACGGAUACUGUGGCAGUGUUGAUAGAAUGGAUACUAGCCAGAAUGGUGAUGCACCCCGAUGUUCAAUCAAGGGUCCAUAUUGAGUUGGACAAGGUUGUGGGAAAGUCACGUGCGCUGGCAGAGUCUGAUUUAACGGAAAUGGUGUAUUUACAUGCGGUAGUGAAGGAAGUACUGAGAUUACACCCUCCGGGCCCACUCCUAUCCUGGUCACGUUUGGCUAUAACGGACUCGACCGUCGAUGGCUAUCACGUGCCAAAGGGAACCACUGCGAUGGUAAACAUGUGGGCCAUCAUGAGGGACCCAGAUGUUUGGGUGGACCCACUGGAAUUUAAGCCUGAGAGGUUUAUGACUAUGAAUGAGGGUGAGCACGUGGAUGUGUGUGGUUUUGGGUCUGAUUUGAGGCUUGCACCGUUUGGAUCGGGUCGGAGGGCCUGCCCCGGUAAGACCUUGGGCCUAACCACUGUUACAUUUUGGGUUGCCUUUCUUUUGCAUGAAUUUGAGUUUAGGCCUUGCAAUGAAAGGAGAGUGGAUUUGUCUGAGGUCCUCAAGCUUUCUUGUGAAAUGGUUAACCCGCUGUCGAUCAGGGUCCGACCCAGGAGGUCCUCAGUUUGUUAGAGCGUGAUAAAAAGAGUGUUGUGCAGUAAUUUUAUAUGUCUUUCACCAAGUCGUUACUAGAGUUUUCUUAUGUUAUUUAUGUACAAAAAUGUGAUUAUGUGAAGGAAUACAAGUUUCAGUUCAACUCUUUGCUAAAAU